UGUCUUCCUGUGCUCUCCGGAAGUGGGGUGACAAAUAUGGCGUCGCGCAGGCAAGAAAACACGAAAGAGCGCACAUCAAAUUCUGGAGAUGUUUCAAAUGUCGACUGUCUGCUUCAUCCCGAGCUCCUGUCACGAGAGUUUAUUCAGCUUGUGUUACAUGAGAGGAAGAUAGCGGUGGAUGAUCAUGAGGACAGUGACCGCCUCACAGAUCUAUAUCUGCGGCAUGUCAUUCCUCUGCCACAGAGAGAUCUGCCGAACACACGCUGGGCUAAGAGGGUGGAGAGAUGCAGAGAGAGACAGAGCUCCAGCAGUGUAAACAGUUCAAGCACAGACAAUGGCAGGAAGAGGCCGUUGAUCGUGUUUGAUGGCAGCUCUACUAAUACUGGCAGUGUUAAAUUGAAGAAACCUGUUACUUUACCAGCACCUGCUGCACAUGACCGCCUGAAGCCCCCAGUUUCCAGUGUCAGUCUCUCAAACCCCAUACGCAAGCUGUCUGGGUCUUCUACAAACAACACUUCCUCAAAUUCCCAUAAUAUUACCCCGGUAUCACCACCAGGGAGCGGCCACAAGAGCCCUGCAGCUACAUGUAAUCAUUCUAACACUGCCAGCGCCUCAGUGCAUUCGAACAACAUGACGUCUAAGCUAAAGCGUACGGCCCCCAGUGACACUGCUAAGGACAUUAAGUCACCAGAUAUGAAGAAAAAGGUUCAACAUAUCACAUGGCCAUAAUCUUGUCAUCACAGACAUCAAGUUGGAUAGACAGUUGGGUAUUAGAGACCCCACAAGUGAGGACUCUUCAGCCCUUCCCUGAUCCUUACAAACCAGCCACUGGGAAAGACUGUUGUGGAAUAUGCUCCUUUGGUUCAUUACAUAGUAGGAGAUGCAUUAGGAGUGAAGGAAUGAAGAUCGUAGCAGUUGAACGCCGACCUAGCUGAUCCUCUGCUUUCCUUUUUUUGGUAUAUUGUUGUUGAAAUGUCUUGCAUUUAAUACUUUCUACUAGAAAGUUUCUAGUACUGCCUUCAUCAUGUUGACAAUAUCAAACAGAGAAAGUAUAAAUAAUGAAUGAUUGUAGUGAAUUUAUACUGUCUGGAAGAAUUAUUGAUGACUAAGCGUGAACUAAUAUAUACCUUAAAGGGGUCGUUCACCCAAAAACGAAACUUUCAUCAUUAUGGCAGAUCAUUCCAACCUGUAUAAAUGUCUUUGUUCUGCUGAGCACAAAGAAAGAUAUUUGAAAGAAUGCCAUUUUCAGUUCUGAGACAUUGACUACCAUGGUAGGAAAAAUUAAAAUGGUAGUCAAAGGUGCCCCAGAACUGUCUGCCUUCCUACAUUCUUCAAAAUAUCUCAUUUUGUGUUCAACAGAACAAAAAAUAUACAACAUUUUUUCUGCUAUGGUAGUGAGUGAUUUACCACAACUGAAAAUUGUUAACAUUCUUCCAAAUAUCUUUCUUUGUGUUUAAGAGAACAAAUUUAUAUAUACAGUUUUGGAACAAAUUGAGGGUGAGUAAAUGGGGACAGAACUUUUAUUUUUGGGUGAACUAUCCCUUCAAGAGUUUUUUAUGUAUUUAUGGUCCCCACAAAAUGUUGGAAGUUAUGUGUUGUUUAUCUUGCAGAAAGCAAUGUAAAGAGGUUUUCACAUUUUACAGAAUUUUACACAUUUGUCAUCCAAACCAUGAGGUUCCAAUGCAUGGAAUGUGUCUCAGUGGCAACAAGCCACAUACCAUAAACAGCUGAGAGUACUGAUUAUGGUGUUUGUGGUCCUAAUAUUCCUUUUUAGGCCAAAAAUCCAGGCCUAAAUUUCAAUGAUUUUUGAGCAAUGAUUUAAUGCAACUUUAAAUUUUAUAUAAAACUAAUAAAGCUGUUGAGAGGACUAUACAGCUGGGAGUCUUUAUUACUUUGAGGUUAUUUGAUUGGUGUUCAGUAUGCGAUUUGUAAGAAAAGGUUGGUUCAGUUUGCUGUGUAACUUGAAAUUCGAAUCCAACACUUGAUGUUGAAUGUAAAAAAUAUUUUGUUGCAUUGCAAAUAAAAAAACAGUCACAGUUAAGCCAGGACAAGUUUAUGGUUUGCAUCUUGUAAAAAUGUUGGUAUGUUCUUCCACCCAUAUCUAUAAUAUUAAGUUUAUUUAUUACACUAAAUAAAAUGCAUGAAUAUAAUUUCUAAAGAUCUCAUGUAAUAAAAUUAAUAAUAAUAAAAUAAAAUAAUUAUUAAGAGUUGUUUUUUUAAUGAAAAAUAUAUUUUCAUUAACUGGUAAACUGAGAAAAGGAAUUGAAUUCACUUUAAAUUAAGUUUAAAGUGGAUCAGGUUUUUUUGCUCUUUUCCCCUCACCUUCACCCAAUGUAAAAUGCACAUUACCUUGCAUUUUGUAUAAAACAUUAACAGUUCUUUAACUGUUUUUUCCUAGAUGGUGCUAUUGUCUUAUUUUACCAU